AUGGCACGCAAAGCUGCCGUUUCACCCACAAGAGUCCCGCGUAAACGUUCACUGAAGAGGAGUACUCUAUCGUCCGACUCUCUAUUUGGGUUUGGAACUCAACCGCCAAGUGGUAACGCCGCUCGACAGCUUAGUGUGCCGAGGUUUAAUUUGAGCCAGGGAGCAGGGCUAUCAUCACAAGUCCAGGUCAUUGACUUGACCGAAGAUGACCAAGCACCGCCGCCAAUGUCAACUCCACCCAUUCCUGGCCCUCCGGCUAAAAAGCCUCGGAGGAUGUCACCAUCGCCACUCGCAAAUCCUCCUAAAAUACCCGGGACUCAUGAGAGCGAUGCAAGUCAUAGCGGGGAAUCUCGGGAUACGACGGGUGACGCAGAGUCAUUGUGGGUAGACAUUCAUGCUCCAGAAACACAGGAAACUCUCGCUGUCCAUCCUCGGAAGGUGGAAGAUGUGCGGAGAUGGUUGGGCGAGGCACUUACGGGAGGCCCGGCUGGCAAAUUGAGGAAGUACAGGCGAAUUCUCGCAUUGACAGGUCCUUCGGGAUCUGGGAAGACGGCUACUCUACAAAUUUUAGCUAGAGAAUUAGAGGCAGAGGUAGUGGAAUGGCAAGCAAACUCGGAUGAAUUCUCGGUCGCUGGUGAUUAUGACUACGAAUCGGCUACGACAAAAUUAGCCUCAUUUUUAGAACGUGCUGGUGUCUAUGGGUCCCUAUCAUUGAAAGCCAUUCGCGAUUCAACCCCUGACCCAGAGUCCAAGGGCAAAGAAAGAAGGCUAGAAAGUAAACAUAAAAUACUACUACUUGAAGAUUUCCCGUCGAUCUCUCACCCGCGCGUUCGCGGCGCAUUUCACGCUGCUCUCACCAGAUUCGCGGAAGCGGUUCCUCCAUCUACCGCAGUCUCAAGCCUCGUGUACCCCCCUCUGGUUCUGAUCAUUUCGGAUGCUGGCCUACGAGCAGACGAUACGUCGCCGUACUCAAAUUCCCACAGGGAUGAUGUUUUAGACAUCCGAUCUGUCCUACCGCCGGCUUUACUGGGGUCCCAUUACGUCACUCAGAUCAAGUUCAACCCUGUAGCAGCAACCUUUAUGCGCAAAGCCCUCAUAUCUGUCAUUUCUUCUCAUCUCUCCCUACCAAGCUCUUCCAAUAGCAAAUCGAAAUCCCAUGGCUUGCCAAAGGAGACGAUUGAUGCUCUCAUCGAGGCAGCCAAUGGCGAUAUACGAAGUGCCAUAACAGGGGUACAAUUCGCAUUCACGGCCACAAGUAAAGGGAUUUCUCAGGAGGUCGGGCGCAAGAAGAGUAGUGUCAAGGGCAAAGGUGGAGCGAAGGGUGAGCGGGAUGCUGCCUUGAAGGUUAUGUUCUCCGCUAUCACUAGAAGAGAGCAAGCCCUCGCUCUUUUUCAUUUGCUGGGAAAGGUUUUUUACAAUAAAAGAUAUGGAGACCCAGACGAGCCUGAUAAAGCUCCGAUCCCAUUGCCAAAACCGCUGCCAAAGCACCUCUCGGAAUUCGAAAGGAGACUUUCCAAGGUGGACGUCUCGGCCCUUCACGCCGAUUCGCCUGUAGACUCAUCCCUAUUUUCUCUUUAUAUACAACAAAACUAUACCCAGUUUUGCGAUGAUAUUGAUGAAUGCUACGGCCUGGCAGAUGCCCUGAGCGAGGCCGAUGGUGGGAUGGGUAUUUUAGAUGAGAAUCUGGUCAUUUCUUCCGCAUUGUCCCAGCAUACAUUCCAGCACAUUGCGCGCAGUGCUCUGCUUGCUCUUCCCUCCCCCGUCCCCCGCAGAUCGCAAGUCACACGGAAACCCGCGUGGUUCGCCGCCCGCGCCAAAGAAAGAGAAGCAGAAGGUGCUGUUGAAGAUGCAAAGCGGUGGUUAAUCGAACAUGGGGGUACCAAUGGCCUGGGGUGUGGGUAUUGGGAUAGGAAGAGCGUGGUACUCGAUGCUGGAGGUCUAUUAGGAAAAUUCGGCCCAAAAGUCGUCACAUCAUCAGUAUUAUUUAGCCAGCUUAAAUGGGAUAUUUCCACCUCUCAGCAGGCCGAUACUCUAGACGAAGAAGAAAGCGUUACGGCAGGCGUAGAUGUCGCAGAAGCUGACAUCGAGGCGAUGGAGAAACGUGCGGCGGGGGUUGGAAGAGUCAAGGAGGAAAAGGAAGAAAAGGGUUAUUUGAGUGACGAUGAUAUUGACGACUUUUAA